AUUGGUUUAAAUUAGAAAAUGGCUUCCACUGCAAAUCCGAUGGCAGUUUGUGUGGCAGUCAUUGCUAAAGAGAACUAUCCAUUGUUUAUCAAGACAAUACCCACAGAAAACGAAUUAAAAUUCUAUUACACUGUACAUACUUCCCUUGACGUUGUUGAAGAAAAAAUAAGCUCUGUUGGAAAGACAUCUACAGAAGUUAGGGAAUUAUAUCUUGGUUUAUUAUAUCCUACUGAAGAUUAUAAAGUAUAUGGUUAUGUAACAAAUACUAAAGUAAAAUUUGUACUAGUGGUUGAAUCAAAUAAUGUUCUGAGAGAUAAUGAUAUACGAACUAUGUUUAAAAAAUUACACAAUGCUUAUGUAGAUAUGUUAUGUAAUCCCUUUUAUACCCCUGGUGAAAAUAUUACAUCAAAGAAUUUUGAGAAUGUUGUAACAUCUAUGAUGCAACAAGAAUAGACUUGUUGUGUAGUACACUUUGACAAUACAUUUAAAUUUACAAUUAUAAUAUAGUACUAUAACAGUGGCCAAUAUGCAUCGUAGAGGAGCUGGCCUUGGAGCCAUUAAAAACAAAACUUUAGCUCAAGCUAAAUACAGAGAUAAAGGAUCAGAGAUAGCAGAAGAUAAAUUUUCUCAAAUGACGCAACAGAUGGAAAUGUUUAAAACUAAUUUGGAAGAUUUCGCAAGAAAACAUAAAGAUGACAUCAAGAAAGAUCCAGAAUUCCGUCUGCAAUUUCAAGAUAUGUGUGCCUCUAUAGGUGUCGAUCCCUUAGCAUCCAGUAAAGGUUUUUGGGCUGAAAUGUUGGGAGUUGGAGAUUUUUACUAUGAAUUAGCUAUACAAAUAGUGGAAGUUUGUAUUGCCACAAGUCCAAAAAAUGGAGGAUUGAUCAAUAUUGAGGAGUUACGUGAUAAAGUUGAAUGUGCUAGGGGACGUAACUCUCAAAGUAUUAGUAUUGAUGAUUUACUUCGUGCCAUUAAAAAACUAAAAAUACUUGGUAGUGGCUUCACUGUGAUUAAUAUGGGUUCAACUUCUCUUGUUCAGUCCAUUCCUGGUGAAAUGAGUAUGGAUCAUACAAAAAUUUUACAACAGGCUCAGAAAAAUGGGUUUAUAUCCCUAACGGACUUGACUCAGAAUUUUAAAUGGGAACCUGAGCGUGCUGCACGUGCAUUAGAGUUUAUGGUGAAACAAGGAUUGGCCUGGGUGGAUGACCAGGAUUCAAGUGGUAGAAAAUAUUGGUUUCCUAGUUUAUGCACUAAUAUUGGAAGAUAG